GAGCAGGACCAGCCCCACCCCUCCUUCUCCAGGACAAACCCUCUGCUAUCUGUAUAAAUCUACAUGUGCAGUGAAGUCAUGUCUUCUUCUAUCAGCUCGGUUGGUCUGCUCUCCCUUCUAUUUGUGCUUACAGCUAGCUCACAGAACUCCCCCCCAAAAGUAACGAGCAUAACAUUCCUACUCACGGUCAAUGAUACUUGGUAUCCGGAUGCGUACCACAAGAAAUGUCUACAGACAGUCAAGACUCCGCCCCUCUUGCCGGACCAGCAGUGGAACAAGACUCAGUCGAUAGCUGUGGGGGACUGUGACCAAGGACCACUUCUAUACACUGUCACCGACGAAGGUAACGGCAAGAGCUCUGUCAUAGUAACCUUCUUCUCCUCGGUGAUAGAGGAUGCAUCGCACCCGUCAUGCAAGAUAGAGUGGAACUAUAGCUACAAGGAACCAAAGACGACCGACCCCACUGAGUCACUGCUACCCGGCUGUUUCGUUGCUGACUCCAGGGAGGGCUAUCACAUGACCUACUACUGGUUCCACAUCCUGGACUGGAGGCUCUGAGUAACUGACACUGGACACUGUUUCUCUAAACUUGAUUACUAGCUGUGAGAUUAUUGUGUACAUGUAUAUAUAUACUUAAAGUAUAAUUAUGUGGUGCUUUUUGCAAAAAUUA